AUGACUUUAAAACGUAUUUCGAAGGAACUCGAGGAUAUGCAGAAGGAUCCUCCUAUUUCUUUCAAUGCAAGACCUGUUGCUGAAGAUAAGUUUCAUUGGAAAGCAACGAUCAUGGGGCCCACAGACAAUUCGUAUUCUGGAGGCACAUUCUUUAUUACAAUUCGCUUCCCUCCAGAUUAUCCUAUAAAGCCAACCAAGGUUGCUUUUAAGACUAUGCUUUUCCACCCUAAUAUCAGUAGCAUUGGAAGCAUCAACUUUGAUAUCCUGAAAGAACAAUGGAGCCCAACUCUUACCAUCUCAAAUGUAUAA